CUAUAUACCAGUUGUGGGUUAUUUACCUGGUGGAUUACUCACAAACGUAUACAAGAGGAGGUGUGUUCAGACAUGUAUAAAUAGGUCGGCAGAUCGAACCUCCAGCAUAUUCUCGGAUACUCGCCAAGAUGAAAACAAUUCUGUCUAUCGCUCUGCUGUUGUGCGUGUGCCUGGCAUACGCAUCUGCGUUGCCAAGCCCAUCCCAGGCUAACGCCCAACCCGCUGAGGUGUUACAGCCUGAGGAGUCCCACUGGGGCGGUGGCUGGAGGGGUGGAUACGGAGGAUACGGAGGUUACGGAGGUUACGGAGGUUUCGGAGGGUACGGAGGCGGUUAUGGCCAUGGAGGUGGUUGGGGACACGGAGGAGGAUGGGGCGGCAGAGGUUGGGGCGGCCACGGAGGCUGGGGACGCUAAUACCACACUAAUGUACCUUCCUUAACUUUACAUACGUAUUACUUAGAUCUGUGAUGUGAAUAUACAAUAAAUACCAUUUAAAAUA